AUUAGGUUUAUUGUUUGUCUAUUUCAAAAAAAGUGUAGUUGUUUUCGUCUUCUCCUUACAACGCCAACAGAAACUAUGGCGUCGUUUAUAAAGCAACUAUUCUUUAGUUUAUUGGAUAAAACCAAAGGAAGAAACAAACUCUCGUGUCUCAACAACGAAGAAAAGAAGAAGAAGAAGAAGAUGAUGAAGAAGAAGAUGAAAUUACAUGCUUGACUUGGAUCAAACGCUUCUCCACUAUGUCCCUGUUUCACAGCUUUCUGAUAAAGAAAAAUAUUUGAUGGAAGAACCUGAGUCAAGGGUUGAUCUACUGAGGUUUAACGAAGAAAAUCCCGAGCAUAUGAUAAAGUUACGACCUUUCCUCCGCGAGUUUCUGAAAGAAGCCAACAAGCUUUUCCGCAUGCACGUUUACACGAUGAGCAGUUACGGCUACGCGCGGGAUGUAUUGAGUUUUAUUGAUCCUGGUAAAAGAUAUUUUGGAAAUAGAGUCAUAACCAGAGAGAAAUCCCCUCAUAAGAAGACACUUGAUCUUAUCUCUGCUGAUCAACGAAGAGUGGUUAUUGUUGAUGAUAAUACUAGUGUUUGGCCUCAACACAAGCCAAACUUGUUGCAGGUCUCACAGUACAUUUAUUUCAGAUACCAGAUGACGAAUAAUAAUUCGGAAGAAGAUUCUUAUUCUUACGCAGAGAAGGAGAGCGACGAGUGUCGAAGCAAUGGAGCAUUGUCUAAUGUUCUCAAACUCCUUCAAAAAGCUCACACAAGAUUCCAACAAGAAGAGGAUUCUAACGACUUGAGGCUUUUGAUACGUGACUGA